AUGGCUCGUCUUCUAAUCUCGCUUGUGGCCCUCAGUCUUCACUGCGCGGCGACGCUCGCCUUCUCUGUAUCUUCCUCGCCGAGCCAGACGGUCAAUGGAAUCGGCGCGAGUGGCGCGUGGUGGCCCAACGACGUAUUCCAGUUCCCAGACAGUGUGCGUGAGCAGGUCGCAGAGCUGCUCUUCGGACAGUCUGGUGCCGGCCUGACGUCGUAUCGCUUCAACAUCGGGGCAGGCGGAUCCGGGGUCAGCAACCCGACCCGCGCCCCUCAGACUUUCUACGUCUCCCCUGGCCAGUAUAACUGGUCCGCCGACGCCGCCGGUGUCUACUUUCUGCAGAAGGCCGCGCAGGCCAACGUCCCCCAGCUCACCGCAUUCAUCAACUCUGCGCCGCCGGCCAUGACGAGCAACGGGCGUGCCUGCGGGGGGAACCUCGUAGACGCACAGAUCCCAGCGUUCGCCCAGUACAUCACCGACGUCAUCGCCCACUUCCGCGACGAAGGCAUCCACUUCACGCAUGUUUCGCCGAUGAACGAGCCCGACGAUACGUUCGGGUCGUGCGGCCAGGAGGGGAUGCAGGUGACGCCGCAGCAGCGCGCGAACGUCGUGAACACGCUCCGGACGACGCUCGACAACGCCGGGCUGCAGUCCGUGGGGAUCAUGGCGGACGAGUCGAGCAGCACCGGCAACUUCCUGCCCGAGGCGUCGCAGUGGCUCCCGCAGGUGCGCAAGGGCGCGCUUGCGGCGGUCAGCCACCACCAGUACGGGUUCAACAACGAUGCGACCGUCGCGCAGCUCGGGUCGACCGGGCGUAGCCUGAGCGGCGUCGAUACGUGGUUCACGGAGAUCUGCUGCUUCACCGCGGCGAGCUCGAGCCAGAAGAGCAACCCGGCCGCGGCGUUGACCUAUGGCGCGGCUUACGAGCCGACGAUGGUGGGCGCACUGCAGCUUGGCCAGCUGGUGUAUCAAAGUUUCACUCAGGCUGAAGACGCGCACUUCGACUUCUGGACCGCCCUGUCCAGCGGUAUCGGCUGCACGCCUUUGAACAACCCCUCUUGCGUGACGACAGCUAACACGAACGGAUGGAAUGACGGCCUGGUCUACUACGACCCCUCCUUCGCGUCGAACCACAACACGGCCCUCUACCAGACGAAGCGCCUCUUCCUCAUGAAGCACUUCGCACAGUUCAUCUGGCUCGGCUCGACGCGCUUCGGCGUAAGCGGCCUCCCAUCGAACGUCGUCGGCAUGGCGUUCAAGAACUCGAACUCGCACUCGACGCCGAUCGGGAGCGCGCGCGCGUCGCUCAUCCUCAUGAACAUGGGCACGAGCGCGACAUCCGUGACGCCGUCGCAGGCGGGCCUCGGGAACUUCGCCGGCGGCGCGGUGACGAGCCCGAGCACGGACUGGCAGACGUUCGGCGCGUCCAGCUCGGUGUCGCUGCCUGGACUCAGCAUCACGACGCUGCUCUUCAACUAGGGGUGGAGGCUUCAAGGCGGUUCUUGAAGGUGUCUCGGCUGCCCAGGUUCAAUUGAAGUUGUAUAUUCCUGUGCAUCAUCGACGUUAUGCUAGUACAUGGAGCUUGAUCCGCCGGGACACGAUGUCUUGCAUGUCACUACCGAUGCGCUUAUCAAACACACCUCCCCAACCUUUUACGUCAAUGCACAAAGCUGUAAAUACAAGCCUCUUCCCUCCAGACCACCACCACUCAGGCCCACGAGCCCCAACAUCAUGUCAUAUGCUGCGUCUGUCGAUGCACUGUUUUCAUGCGAUUCCCCUCCCCCAUCGCCCUCCGACGACGAAGCUCUUGGAUCGUCCGACAGCUCUUGUUAUCGGGCUCUGCGAUGUGCGGAGAUUCUCGACAACGUUUUGGAAGAGUUCAAUUCACGGGAUCCGAUCGACAAGCGGCGAUUCUUCCUUGACGUCGCCCUUGUGUGCAAGGCCUUUCUCGAUCCUGCGAUGGCCGUGCUUUGGAGAGAAUUGCCG